CUCUCGGGGUUUGGGCUACGACUUCCAAGAGUUUAGGGAGCAAAGAACAGAGUGACCCUGGGGGUGCCCACUCCCGACACCCGUCCCGGCACCUAGGACCUCUGAGCUGGGAUGCAGCUGGGGGUCUAGGGAAGCACUUCCACCCCCCUCCUCAGCCCUGGCUAGGUGGUUUCCCAACGCUCUCAAGACAUUCAUGAAUAGAUGAGAGGAGUUCGCACUGACCUCCCACUCUGUGAACACCUCUCAGACUAUGGAAAAAGCCUUGCUACCCCUGACCGUGACAGCUGAUCCUAGGCACUUUAAUCAGCAACUGCCAGAGCCUCCAGACCCAAGAUGUAUCUUGGAACCCCAGGAUAACCCUGAACUAGCACCUGCCCUGGUGUGUGCCCUUUGCUGCUGCUUUGGAAUCAUCUACUGCUGCUUUGGCUACCGCUGCUUCAAAGCAGUGAUGUUUCUCUCCGGCCUGCUAUCAGGAGCUCUGGUGAUCUUCCUGCUGUGCCACAAGGAGCGGGUGCUGGAGACACAGCUGAGCCUGGAGGUGAGCGCAGGCAUUGCACUGGGCAUCGGACUCCUCUGCGGUUUGGUCACCAUGCUGGUUCGCAGCGUUGGGCUCUUCCUGACUGGUCUCCUGCUAGGUCUGACCCUGGGUGCUGGGGCCCUGCUGGCCACGGAGCCCAUCUACCAGCCACCUUCAGCCUGGGUACCAGCUGGAGGGCUGGUGGGUCUGGCACUCCUGGGAGCCCUGCUGACACUUCGGUGGCCUCGUCAUUUCACAAUUCUGGGCACAGCCCUGCUGGGUGCUGCAGUGCUAGUGGCCUGCGCUGACUACUUCCUGGAGGGACUGGCGCUGGGCAGUCGGCUGGGCCAACGCUUGCAGGCACUUACAGCUUUGCCUCCUCUCUGCUGGUAUAGCUGGGUCUUACUGGGGACCUGGCCAGCCUUGGGGGCUCUUGGGGCCCUGGCCCAGUGGAAGCUCAUGUCUGAGGAACACAGAGGCCACGCCAAUGUGGUUUUGAGCCACCAGCAAAGGCAUCUCCAACUUCUUCGGAUCCAUUCACAAGAGGCCAAGUGGCACCGGACCCCCUCUGGGGUGGGACUGUGUGAGGGCAGCUAUCGGCGCCAGCUCCCCCCAAGCGCCCGGAGCCCUGCUGACAGUCUGGCUCCAAGUUAUCUCCAGAGUCUUCGGGACCGCCAGCUGGGACCAAGCACCCUGGCCACAGCUCCCAACACCAUCGUGGACCUAGAUUCUGACUGUGGUUCCACUGUACCCCUCACCACACCCUCUGGCUGAACUCAGAUCUGAGCCUCAUCCACUGACACCCAACCCUAAUGAGGGCCCACAGCACUCAAGCACAGACUUCUCCACCUCUUAGAUUUGGGGACAGGACCUGUUCUCCAGGCCAGCCUUGUAGAUAUGCUUCAGGGACAGGAAGAGAAGAAUCUUGUGGGGAGGGGAGAGAAACAGAAAUAUGACUACCCAUCUCUGUCCAGUGAUAAAGAUGCCUGCUCCCUAGAGAAACUAGGGCCGGGGAGAUAGCUCAGUGGAAUAAGUGCCUGCCUGGCAAGCACAAGGUCCUGAGUUCAAUCCCUGGUACCACCAAAAGGAAACAAAAAAAAUCACGGUCCUAGAGAAACUCACUCCCUAAUUCUCUCCAAAACAAGGAGGACUCUUACCCAAGUAAAUAUCCAUCUCAGUGUGCCUUGCAGUGGUGAAAUAAGGGGCUUUGUUUUUGUAGGACCUAUGGAAAAUCAGGGAGCCUCCUAAGAUAUGUGAUAGCUUUUGAUGAGAGUAGCACAAAAGAGGUAGUUAGAAUUCUGAUUGGCCUUUCCCCUUGGACCCACACAGGCUUGUGUCCCCUUUUCCUACCUCAGUGGGGAGCAUUAUCCUCCAUGGUGCCUCCCCUUUUCACCUCAACCUGGAGAAGUCCCAGUGCCUCCCUCAACACUUACCUUUCCAAAAGUUGGCUCCUUGUUCCAAGAAGAUAGGAUUGGCCAUAUGCCAGAGCCUUGCCCUUUUUGCCCAAAGCAGUCUGGUCUUCAGGGCUACAUGGGAGAAAAGUGCCUUCUCCACCUGUCACUGUGGGUGAUACUAACUCCCUCCUUAACCAGAAUUUUGUUUCAACCACUAACCCUUUCUAACUACUCCCUCAAUGUGCUGUCUUCGGCAGCACAUAUACUAACUACCGCCUCAAUUCUGCUGUCCCCUGAUUUCUCAGGCAGCAUGGAGGAAAAUGUAUCUCCUGGGCAGCAGGACUAUGAUGGAGGGAGGAAGAACACAGGACCAUGUGAAUAAAAUGGCAUUGAA